AUGCGCGGCCGCGAGCUGCCGCUCGUCCUGCUGGCGCUGGUCCUCUGCCAAGCGCCCCGGGGACCGGCCGCUCCGGUGCCGGCGGCGGGAGACACCGUACUGGCCAAGAUGUACCCGCGCGGCAACCACUGGGCGGUGGGGCACUUAAUGGGGAAAAAGAGCACAGGAGAGACCCCACAUGUUUACGAGGGAGGGAGCCUGAGGCAGCAGCUGCAGGAGUACCUUCUGUGGCAAGAAGCUGCAAGGAAUUUGCUGAGCCUCAUAGAAGCGAAGGGGACCAGAAGCCAUCAGUCACCUCCAAGGGAAUCCCCUGGAGAUCACCAGUCUACUUGGGAUUUCAAGAUUAGAAGCAGCUUUGAAGAUGUAGGUUCAAGACACAAAGUAGGUUCUCUCUCUGCUCCAGGUUCUCAACGUGAAGGAAGGAGCCCCCAGCUGAACUGA